GCUGGUUGCGUGACGGCGGCAUUCGCUUCGUGGCUUCGGGUCACCUGCCCAACGGAGAUGCACCGCUGGUACUGCGCUACGAGGACAUCACCAUUGUGACGGCAGAUAUCUCUUAUGCUGAGAGCGUGGUAUGGGAGGGCAUGGAGGAGGCCAAGCUACCCUCUGGCGAAACCGUGUGUGAAGUGCUGUUUUGCCCAGGGCGGGAAGAGGAGAGCCGGGUGCACGGAGUUCUCCGCACGGGUCGGCGCCACUCCGCGAGUCUUUGCGAUGCGGCUGUGGGUCGGGCUGCGCCGGGCGGCUGGCGUGUCAAGAGCCGAUGCGACGACUUCCUUGUGCUUUCCAAGAACCAGCAGUGGGACUUUACCUGCCGCCUGGCGCGGGAAGCCGACGUCGAGCUUGCUUAA